UCAGUUUGGACCAAUAUCUGAAACCAUUCGGACGCAGAAACUCUGAUCGCGGGGUCGCAGAUCGUUAGUUUGGCGUGCACGUUGGUGGCGACGGAUUAAGAGCGUAUUUUAUUAUCGAACAUAAAUUAGCAAAAGUGAUAGGUCCUGUUGUCGUCGGCGGUACGGAAAUAGAUUCGCGCGAUCGCACGGUUCAUUAAGGUGUCACUGCUGGAAAAAACGUUUGAUGAUCGAUUGUGACGUGUUAAGUUGCUCGAUUAGUGAAUGUGGUUGAUCUCCGUUCUGUUCUGAAGUGAAAAGCAGUUCAAGAUGCGAACGCUAAUGGUGAUAUUGCUGUUGGGAUAUUCGGCGUAUAGAAUUUUUGCAUCGGAUGACAUUGUGUUUGAAGAUAAGUCCCUUUUCGAGGGCGACCAUUGUGAGCUGCGCAAUGGACGCUCGGGCCAAUGCCGAAAACAAUCGGCCUGUACCACGGUUGGCACUGGAGGAAUCACUCUUUGCCGAUCCGAUGGCUCCCAGCUGGUUGUAUGUUGCGAUGUGGUUCAACAGCAGUGCAAUGCAGUCGGUAAUGCCAUGGGAUCCCAAGUCAAGGACCACAUCGUAGGGCUUGUUCGGAGGGUAGACAUCGGCGAGUAUCCAUUCAUGGCCUUGGUAAUGUUCAAUGCGUCCCAACAACGGUGCGGAGCGGCGAUCAUUUCGGAGAAGUUUUUGCUAUCGGCAGCGCACUGUUUCAAAGCCGAAUUCACUCCAACCAAAGUGCGUGUUGGGACCAUAGAAGCGGGCGAUGAUCUUGCCGAUACGUACGCCAUAAAAAGAAUUCUCCGACACGAGCGGUACGGAUCGCUACGCCGGGUAAACGAUAUUGCGUUGAUUGAAGUGGAAAAAGCCAUCCGAAUGAACAAUCAGGUGCAACCCAUUUGUCUGUACACCGGACUUGAGGUUUUACCGGUAACGCAGAAUCUGACUGUGAUAGGUUGGGGCGUAGACAAUACAGAGGAUGUUUCCAAAGUUCUUCUGAAAGGAAUCGUCCGACCGAUUCUGCGCAACGACUGUUUCCAGCGGUUAAAUAAGCCAAUUGUAAGGUUUAACAUCACGGAUAAACAUCUGUGUGCCCUGGGCGACUUGAAUGAAGAGGGUAUGGCAACUGAUGCUUGCCAGGGAGACUCGGGCGGACCGCUGAUAUUACGCGAAAAUGGAAAAGACUAUCUAGUUGGAGUGGUAUCGACUGGACCCGCAUGUGGCGGACAAGAUCUUGCAGGCAUCUAUACGUCGGUGUCGAAGUACGUAGAGUGGAUAAUUAAUCAGAAAAUAUGGCGGAAUAAUCCGCGAUGACCCUCGAAUGUCCCAUAGUCAAUAAAUAUGUAUAGUUUAUUAAUAAAUAAUCGUUUUUAAGGCUACAAAGUCUAAAACUGCA